UACAUGCAGAGGGAAGUGUAGCUUACCUGUAAGCUGAGACUCAAAGAGCAGCUGUCAGACUGUGGAGCUGAGAUGACUCAUCUGUGGGCUUAAUCCAGCAUCAAUAAAACAACGAAAUAACAGGGAAGAAGCCGAUUUCCUGGCAGACACAAACACCUCCACAGCUGUUACCCCAAUAAAGCAAAACUGUGUGUGAGACAGAGACGGAGACACCGUAGGUGUGAAGAUGGCAUUGGCCAGCGGUCACUGGUUGGAGAAGGAGAUAAAAGGAAAAGCCCCAAGUCCUAGACACGGCCAUGCUUUAGCCGUGGCUGGAGACGUUGCCUUUCUUUUUGGAGGUGCCUGCAGCAUCAGUCAAGAGGAGGGCAGUGUUGUUUACUUCAGUGACUUCUACAUGCUAACAGUGACUCCUGAAGAUGUGACCUGGGAGGAGAUUCCUCAGAGCGGCGACGUUCCCUCGGCCAGAGAAGGGCACACUCUGUGUGUUGUGAAAGGAAGGCUGUAUCUGUUUGGAGGAGCGUCCAGUCCUGAAGCCACUGAGUGUCUCCCAGGAGUCUACAGCUUUGAUAUAGUGACUCUGACCUGGGAGUGCUUAGCGGUUGGGGGUGUGGCCCUCAGAGCUCUAAGACACUGCUCUGCUGCUGGUGGCGAAAACAUCUACGUGUACGGAGGUGCUGUGGAGGGGAAUCCAACUGAUGACCUCAUGGUGUUCAACACAGUGUCUCUCACCUGGACACCGGUCAAAACGAGUGGAUCUCUGCCUCCUGCCCUAUGGGGUCAGAGUUGUGCUCUGGUUGGAGAUCAGGUGUUCAUGUUUGGAGGUUAUGGAGCAGGAGGAGAGUUCUGUAAAGACCUCUAUGUUCUCAAUACAGAGAACCUGCAGUGGCAGAAAAUGGAGGUGAAAGGAGAAUCACCUGCAGCCUGCAGCGGACAAACACUGACUGCACACCAUGAUAAAGACAUCUACCUGUUUGGUGGCAAAAGCACCAAUGAGGAUGGCACAGUGACGUCGUCCAGUGAAAUCCACAAGCUCAGUAUUGCGAAGACGAAGUGGAAGGUCCCGCUCUACGUCGGGAUUCCUCCAACACGUCGGCAUGGACACACCGCCUUCAUCCUUCACAGCCAUCUGUAUGUGUUUGGAGGGAAGAACGAAGAGCAGAAUUUCAAUGACCUAAAGGUGAUGAAGCUCAUUAACCCAUCAGAGAGGCAACCAGUGAUGAAGGAGAUUCUGUCAGAGUUUGGUCUCCAGGGUAUCAGCCACAGCUUCACUCCCACAAAAGUUCCCAACGUCCGCUACGAGCUGAGCGAGGCAGCUCCAUCCGUCCAGCAGAAGAACACGAUGGUGAAUCCACAGGUGUUUGUCCACAGAGACUUCAGCGCAGUGCGUGAUCAGGCAAUGACAAUGAUCCAAACAGCAUUCACACUGCUGGACCAGGAGUUCCACAAACUAGAUCGAGAGAAGUCAGAGCUGACUAAAGCUGCAGCUGCUCUGCAAAGAGAGAAAGAUGCUCAUGAAGCACAUAGACAACAACAACAACAGGAGCUGCAGGAGAUGCUGGACAGACAUCGCUCUCAGAAUGAAGCUUGGCUUCGAGCGAGAGCUGAGGAGAAUGACCGAGAGAGGAGGGAGCUCUGCAGACUCAGAGAGGAGGUGUUACAGGAGCAGGAGAGACUGAAGGAGGAGCAGAGCAACAUCCAGAAACGCAGCGAACACCUCCUCUCCAUCAUGCAGCAGUUCAAAGGAAUGUGAGAUAGAUGGAUAGACUGAUGGAAAGAGAGAAAUAAACAAUUUUUACGAUCAUAA